ACAGACCUUCUCUUUCCCUUUCCACCUGCAGCUCACCGCUCAAUAAACUAGCUUUCUUCACAUUGAUCAAAGAUCAAAAAGCUAAGGUCACUGUAACAGCAAUUGCAACUUGCAACCCAAAAUCGUCUCUAUUGGGUUGUUCAGUAACCCUCAGAACCCAACCUUCUCUUUCUCCAUUUAGCUAAGUGCACAGAUCUGAGUCCAUAAAUCCUUGGUUUCAUGAAUAAUCAACCGUAAAGCCUGCUCUUUUUUGCAGCUGAAUUUAAUGGCCAUUUACGAGUGAACAAGGGUUUUUGGCCGAUUUUUCUCUUCCUUCAGUGGAAAUAACCAAUGGGUAUUUCGUUUUCCUGUGAAAAGUUAUUUCCUUUAUUCUUAUGGGAUUGAUCUCUCGAGUGGGUUUCCGAAAAUUUCAAAGCUAAGUUGAGAUUUUCAGUGAGAAAGGCAAGUUAUUUUCACUCUUCUUUCUAUUCCUAGAAUUUUACAAUCGAAGAAGAUGAUGCAGUUGCUGUUCUUAGUUCUUUUUUCUGAGGGUGUUGUGGCAUUCCUUCUUUUGGUAAAGAUUGGCCCUUUAAGGGAGCUUGUGAUUAAGAGUCUGGAUCAGCUCAAAAUGAAAAGGGGCACUGUAUUAACCAUCGCAGGCACUAUGUUUGCCAUUUUCAUGUCAAGCUUUUUUAGCAUUGUUAAGAUUCAGAACAGAGGUGCAAAACUAGGUUCCAUGUCACCCAUGGAUCAGGUUCUUUGGAGGACCCACUUGCUCGAGGCUUCACUCAUGGGUUUUACCCUAUUUCUUGGCUUCAUUAUUGAUCGAAUGCAUCAUUAUCUUCAAAAGCUCAUUGGAUUGAGGAGAAAUGUCGGAGCUUCAAAGGAAGAACUUGAGAAGCUUCAGAAAGAGAAGACACAGCUUAAAGAAGAGGAGGAGAAACAUUCCAAGGAAGUAAAGUUGCUGAAAGAAGAAAUUUCAGCAUUAACGAAAAGUUUGAAAAAGCUCAAGGCUGAGUCUGAUGAGAAGGAUAAAAGAGUUGAAACUGCCGAAGCCCAUGUGGCUGCCCUCCAGAAACAAGCUGCAGAUCUAUUACUCGAAUAUGAUCGUCUCUUAGAAGACAACCAAAAUCUUCAAAAUCAAGCUCUAGGAUACAAGAGUUGACAAAAAUUUCUAAAGAGAACCUUCUUAACUCACGACUCGAGGAUCGUUUUGGCCCUGGUAUUUUUGUCAAACCAUCUCUUGCCAAGGGUGGUCAAUUACUUGUUUGAUGUUAAAUUUUUGUAAUUCUGACGAAUGUAGAAUUUUGUCAGUUUGCCAAUCUUUGCAUGGCUCUACUGGUUGAACUGCAUUUGCCCACAUGGUCCUGAGAAAUACUCGUGUCCAUUUUGAUUAGUUUCUAAAGGAGGAUUCUAACGUGGCUUUUUUCUUUCCCCUA